CACGGCCAAAGUCCGAUCUUACCGAGAAUCUUGACAUUCCCACUAUGCCACACCCCACGUCACAGGGGAGGGCAGUCACCCCAGCAGAAGCACGCCUUAUUGAACGCGCCGAAACAGCCUUCAUAACCGCUCAGAUUGAUGCUGGCCGGCAAGUUUACCCAGAAGAUGGCUUUCAAGCUGAAUCUAUUGGUGGCGGCGUCGCUGCAGUAACAAAAGCAUCAUUUGGCCGGAAACUGAACCAUGUUGCCGGAAUUGGGAUGGAGCGCCCUGUCACAGAUAAGGAUAUUGAGGAUAUUGAACGGCUUUUUAAGGCCAUUGGUGUUCAGCCAGAAAUCAAUCUCUGUCCCUUUGCCCAUAACAGCGCAAUGGAGGCGUUAAAGAAGAGGGGGUAUAUGAUCUGUGCGGAAAUGAAUGUUUAUGCUCUGUCCUUGCAGGAUUAUGAGGCUGAGGAUGGAUCACAUCAUAAAGAUGGGGAGUGCAAACAGACGAAAGGCAACGAUAUCGACAUCACACCAGUCUCAAAAGAAGAUUACGCCCUCUUCAUCCGGUCUUCCACCACAGGUUUCGCCUCCACAGGGUCUCCCAGCCCUGACCUCUUCCGCGCACUCGCAACAAUUGCGACCCUCCGCCCUGACACGCGUCUUUACGUUGCUAAGAUCGAUGGAAAAAUCGCCGGGACAGCAGGACUAGCACUCAUCACCACAUCUCUUGGCAAAGUUGCGGAGCUGUAUAUCGACAGCACGCUUCCAGAGUUCAGGGGGAGGGGCGUUCAAGUGGCAUUAUUGAAAGCUAGACUUGCUGAGGCGAAGAGAGAUGGGUACGAUAUUGCUGCUGUGACAACGUGGCCUGGUGGUGUGAGUGCGAGGAAUAUGGAAAGGGUAGGGUUUAAGCUGGCGUAUAGGAAGGAUGUUUACACUCCUGGUUCUCCUGGUUGUGGUUAGGCCAUAUAAUAUAUUCGCUCGUAUAUUAUAGAUUAUAGAUCGUAAAUUCCAUGUAUCCUGACAUACCGCAUAGAGUGUGUAUUUGCUUAUUUCUCAAAGU